AUCCGACGGGAAUCCGAAAUUGUAUGGCGGCUUUGUAAAAGACUUCCAGUCGACAAUUGAGGGAAAGAUAAGAGACAGUACUACAUGUCUCACUUACUUGAUACAGUUUUGUGACGGAAAAGUGAAAGAGAUAAAGUUCGACGACGUCGCUGCGUUGAUUCUUCUUGGUCAACAAAUGCAAGCUUGUUUAGCAACUUUGCACCACGUAAACUAUACAUCCGACCUGAAUUCCAGUAGAAUUCUGGAAUGA